AUGUCAUCUUCACUCUUUAUCACCGCCGUGCUAGCCGUGGCGGCUCUUGCUGCACCAUUCUCCUCCGGCAACUGCGACAUCCAGCAUGCGCAGAUAGGACUUCCUGCGAAUCAAACUGCGCUCGCCCAACCUUCAGACGCCCCAUCCUUCGUCUUACUUGGAGUCGGUGUUCAGAACUAUACGUGUACAACGAAUGGAACAUAUUUGAGCGCUGGCGCUGUCGGGCAACUCUUUGAUAUCUCAUGUCUCGUCAAAUCACCCAUGUUCGAUGAUAUUCAAGAUGUAGCCUUUGCUCGGUGGCAAGCUACGUCAGGGAAUGACGACUGCGAAGGCGACAUUACUGGAAUGCCUCUUCCUAGAGUGGGCGACCAUUACUUCGUUACAUCACCAUCUGGUACAGGCAUCAGCCCUGUCUGGGAUUUUAGAGCUUUUGGGUGUUUCAAGGGCGAUUCAGCGGCGACGGUUCUUGCUGCAAUAGUCGCAAACCUCCCAUCCCCCGACGGGAACGAAAACGUUGAUUGGUUGCAGCUCAAGUCCGUUUCUGGAGAUUUGGCGACCCAGAUAUAUCGAACCGACACACAAGGUGGGCAACCACCCGCUUCCUGUACCCCGGGUUCAGCCCUUGUUUCUGUCAAGUAUACGUCGAAGUACUGGCUAUAUGGCAGUACUGUGUGA